CAGCUCCGGCUUUUGGGGUUGGAGAUCCCGGCCCGGGACUGAGCCGUGAUCCUCACCCCAGUCUCCACCUCAGCUCCCCUGCCAGCGGCCCCAGGCUGCUCUUGGGACCCGGCGGGCCCUCACAUCCCAGACUCUGCCGCCGCCGCCGCUGCCGCCGCCACCACUGCCUGAGCCCUGAUGGGGGAGUAAGAGGCCACCGCUGGCCGGUCAUGGGCCUCCCCACCGUGCCUGGCCUGCUGCUGCCACUGGUGCUCCUGGCCUUGUUGGUGGAAAUAUACCCCUUAAGGGUUAUGGCACUGGUCCCUCACGUCAGGGACCGGGAGAAGAGAGCUGUUCUGUGUCCCCAAGGAAAAUAUAUUCACCCUCAAGAUAAUUCCAUUUGCUGUACGAAGUGCCACAAAGGGACCUACCUGUACAAGGACUGUCCCGGCCUGGGGCUGGACACAGACUGCAGGGAAUGUGAAAACGGCACCUUUACAGCUUCGGAGAACCACCUCAGACAGUGCCUCAGUUGCUCCAAAUGCCGAAAAGAAAUGAACCAGGUGGAGAUUUCUCCUUGCACUGUGUCCCAGGACACUGUGUGCGGCUGCCGGGAGAACCAGUACCGGCGUUACUGGGGUGACACCCUUUUCCAGUGCGUGAACUGCAGCCUCUGCCUCAAUGGCACAGUGCACAUCUCCUGCACAGAGAAACAGAACACAGUGUGCACCUGCCACGCGGGUUUCUUUCUAAGAGACCAUGAAUGCAUACCCUGUGUUCACUGUAAGGAAAACACAGAGUGCACAAAGUUGUGUCUUCUCCCUGUGGAAAAGGUUACGGUCCCUCAGGACCCAGGUACCACAGUGCUGUUGCCCCUGGUGAUCUUCUUUGGCAUUUGUGUUUUAUCCUUCUCUAUUGUUUUAAUGUGCCGCUACCAACGGCAGAUGCCCAGGUUCUUCUCCACUGUUUGUGGGAAAUUGACACCUACAAAGGAGGGGGAGCCUGAGACCCUGGCCUCGGUUCCAGGUUUCAGUCCCACCACAGGCUUCAGUCCCACCACGGGCUUCAGUCCCAUCCCGGGCUUCAGUCCCAUCCCCAACCCCACCUUCACCCCCAGGUCCGUCUUCACCCCACGUGACUGGUCUAAGUUAAGGGCUCCGUCAGACUCUGGAGAGAUGGCCCCACCCUACCAGGAGGCUGGCCCCAUCCUCACCGCGGCUCCAGCCUCCACCCCCAUUCCCAUCCCAGUUCAGAAGUGGGAGGACAGCACGCACAGUCAGCGCGCAGAAGCCGACCCCGCGGACCCGGUGACGCUGUAUGCCGUGGUGGACGGCGUGCCCCCAUCGCGCUGGAAGGAGUUUGUGCGCCGGCUGGGGCUGAGCGAGCACGAGAUCGAGCGGCUGGAGCUGCAGAACGGGCGCUGCCUGCGGGAGGCCCACUACAGCAUGCUGGCGGCCUGGCGGCGGCGCAUGCCACGGCGCGAGGCCACGCUGGAGCUGCUGGGCCGCGUGCUCCGCGACAUGGACCUGCUGGGCUGCCUGGAGGACAUCGAGGAGGCGCUGUGUGCCCCAGCCUCCCUCUCGCCGGCGCCCCGCCUCCUGCGAUGAGGCCACGACCCUCCCUGGGAGGGGCCUGCCCUUACGACCGCUGCCUCCUCGCGGGGGGCCUGAAGGACCGUGCUGGAUGCCCUUCGGACCCUUUUUCUGGACGAGGGCCUUGGAAGGGCAAGCAUGGCUGCCAGCUACCUACUUGGUGCUACUCUCCAAGUGUAUAUAGAUUUUCUCAGCUGCCGGAGCGCUGCCAGGGGCUCAGCCUUGUGUGUGUGAGGCAGAGGUGUGUGUGUGUGUGUGUGUGUGUGUGUAUG